GCGCCGCGCCGCUCGUGGGCGUCCGUGCUGUCCUUCGGGUGGCUGGGCGGGCUGCUGCGGCGCGGGCAGCGGGGCCCGCAGGACGGCCCACCGGUCGAGGUGGCCGAGGUGUCGCCGCCGCCCCGCGACCUGCAGGCCGGCGAGCUGGUGGACGGGCUCCGGCAGGCGCUGGCGGCGGGGAGGCAGCGCGGUCCCGAGGGGCGCUCCGCCGGAGACGGCCUGCUCAGGGCCCUGGUGCGGCUGCAGAGGAGCCGGCUGAUCACCACCGGGCUGCUGCGCUUCGCGAACACCUGCGUGCAGUUCUUGCCGGCGGGGUGCGUACGGGCGCUGCUGCUGGCCAUCGAGCGGGGCGACCCCGCGUCCGGGAUGAACGCGGCCCUGGCCCUCCUCGUGGUGCUGUCCGCGAAGGCGGUCAUCGAGAACCAGUUCUUCUAUCCCGGCGCCACCUCCCCAUAG